AUGGUUUUACAGAAGGACCCUUGGAAAGGAAAAGGGGAAUCAAUUCAUAUGGAUAUAAUGAAAAAUAACACUAUUAACAAGGACAAUUUGAUUAUACAAACCACAUUAAUUGAUAUGUACGGGAAAGUGGCUGAUGUACAAAAGGCGGAAGAAAUAUUCUCGAAAAUAUCGAAACGUAACGUUAUCUCAUUUGGUGCGAUGAUGAAAUGCUAUAAUGCUAAUGGAUUACCUGAAAAGACGAUUGAAUUAUAUGAAGAAAUGAUUAAAGUCAAAAUGCAGCCAAGUUCUGUCACUUACACAUUAGUUUUUGCCGCAUGUGGUGACUGUGUUCGUUUAGGUAAGUAUAUUGGCUAA